AUGGCGAGCCCCGUCGAGUACUCGCUCCCGAAGCGGUCGUCUACUAUGCAUAGCAACCUCACUCGCCGUACCUCUAUGAGCGACGAUGAGGCUAUUCCCGACACUGAUAGCAGCGAGACUACCAAUCUUUUGCUUGAGCGUCUCCGAGCAUGGAAGCACAUGUGCGGUUACCUCGAGGACUAUGUCUCAGCCACUGCCAAGGUUUCAAAAUCUCAGUCGAAGGACCAGGAGAAGAUCUUGAAGACUGUCAGUGAACCCUUGAAAGAGGGCCAUCACUUCAGCACCAGUGCUGGGGGUGUGGCUGGUCUAUUCGAGAAUAUUCGUAGCAACGCUCAGGGUAUGGUGAACAUGCACCUGGAAACCGAGAAGAACCUCAAGGGGUCGGUUCUCCCGACCCUCGAGCGCCUACACAAGGAAAUCAAAAACAAGUCUAAGGAACUCAGCGCCGGUGCAGCUAAGGGAGCCAAGGCUGUCGAGAAGGCUCGACAAGCCACCCAGAAGCAUAUUGAGCUCUUGGGCCAAAACGCUGCCACGCACGAUGCCGCUAUCGGCAGCAAGAUUGAGACAGCCCACGACCCUUACAUUCUUAAGCGCGGCAUCAACCACCGCCUGAACAAGCAGGUGAUUGAGGAGAAUAACCACCGCCAAGAUAUCCUGGUCGUGCAGAACUCGUUCCAGGAAUUCGAGGCCCACGUUCUGGAGACCGUCCAGGGCGCCUUGGACCAGUUCUUCCAGCUGAUGAACGGUCAGUUGGAUCGCCAGCGGGCCAUGUACACCGAUAUUCUGGGCAAUGCGAAGCGUAUCCCUGCUGAUUUCGAAUGGGUCAACUUCUCCAUGCGCAAUGAAGCUUCGUUGGUGAACCCAGACGGACCGCUGCGCUCAUUUGCGAGCAUCACUUACCCGAACCAAGAUCACAAAUCCACACAGCCUCUGAUUGAGGGCUCGCUCGAGCGCCGCUCUCGUGCCUUGAUCAAGGGCUACAGCACUGGAUACUACGUUGUCACACCGGCUGGCUACUUGCACGAGCUCAAGGGUGACGAUGAUUUCAAGAAGGACCCCACCCCAGAGCUGUCUCUCUAUCUGCCCGACUGCAUCGUCGGCGCCAUCGACGGCGUCAAGUUCAACGUUAAGGGCAAGGACGUGUCCAGCGGAAAGGUCGGAAAUGCCUUCCACACCAACACUGAGUUGAGCUUUAAGGCACACACUCCCAAUGAUGCUGAGAAGUGGUGGACUGUCAUCAAGGAUGCUACCCGUGGCCCUACUCAUGCUGCCCCAGUAGCUGCAGCCGCAGCACCACAAGCAGUAGCCUCCCCAACCGUAGCAUCCCCAACCGCAGCCUCCCCAACCGCAGCCUCCCCAGUUGCAACCUCCCCAGUUGCAACCUCUCCCACUGCCGCUGCUGCCACCAUCCCUGCCACCGCUACUCCUCCCACCUACUCCGAGAAGGAGAAGCAGCCUGAAGGAGCCGCAGCAACCUCCUCCACUACAGUGACUACUCCCACUGUUGAAAAGGGAGCUACCAGCCCUACUGUCGGUGUGAGUCGUUCUGCCAGCACAGCUAGCCACUUCCACACAGCACCCGGAGGCUCAGCGGUCGAGUAG